AUGGCUCUUCUCAACAGAGCUAAUGCAUAUUCAAAGAUAGAAAACGAAGACCCGGAAGAAGCAAAGCACCGUUUGGCGCAAUUCUUGAUCUACAAGGCUAUGCAGAAAGCCGAUAGUGAUGCGAGAAGAAGGCCAUCUCGGUUGAGGGUCAAAAUGAUCAAGCUGAAGAUCAAGAUUGGUAACCGAUUGAAGAACAUGAAAAAGCGCUUGAGUUCAAACGCGCUUUCUGCUAAGGCCGAUUUUUACCGGCAAAUUGCUUUUGUGUUGAAAUCUUGCAAGCACUUGUUGCAUCCCAAAGAUGUCCCAGUUAGGAGUCUCCCACCAAUGUUUUGA